UACAAACCCAGUCUGGGAAAAAAAAAAAAGAAAAAAAAAACCACCCACUGACAAAUGUGAUGACCGGGUGAAUGGACAGGGGAGGGUUUGUUGUGGAUUCAGGCUCAAAGUGGAGAUUUACAGGAAAGGAAACAUAGAAAACUCUGCUGAGACCACUGUUUUUGGACUCCUCUGGACUGUUUUAUGUGAAUUCCUGUCUUGCUUCAUGCCUGUUGUUUGCCAAUUAAAGGCUGAGUAGUCGUUCCCAAGCUGCAGCACUGCACAGAGCUGGGAUUUUCUUAAGCCAAGAGCUGAUCUCCAUCCACCAGUCUGCGGCUGACGGGAACAGCUGAGCACCGUUCAGCACCAGCUAAAGCUCCCGGGCAGCUACUCUUCCCAUUCUCUCCUCUGUUACUACAGAAAUGCCUUGGGAACACAAAACAAUCCUCCUUGGGGUUCUGACCGUCUACAUCACAUCACUGGUGCUGGGUGUGGAGGAAAGGCCGAGGGAUGCUGAGUGCGCUGACCUCAACAACACCACGUGGCAUGGGUACCGGGGGCAGAGAGUCAAACUGCAGGUCCAGUACCUGCUGCUGACGAGGAGGAACGUGGACUGUGCACAAAUGUUCAACCAGGAGUCUCUCACCAAGGAGCCCUCCUACUUCAACAGCUCCCACCCGACCAAAGUCAUCGUCCACGGAUACAGAGCCUUGGGCAGUAAGCCAUCCUGGGUGAAGGAGCUGGCUCAGGCCCUGCUCAGGGUGCAGGAUGUGAACGUGCUGGUGGUGGACUGGGUCUAUGGCGCCUCCUUCGCCUACAACCUGGUGGUGGAGAAUUACAAGGAGGUGGCUGUGCAGAUCUCUGUCCUCAUCAACCAGCUGCAGAAACAUGGGUGCAAGCUGGAGUCCUUCCACUUCAUCGGGGUCAGCCUUGGGGCGCACGUCGCUGGUUUUGUGGGGACUCUUUUCGAGGGGAAGAUAGGAAGAAUCACAGGCCUCGACCCCGCUGGACCCAUGUUUAAAGGAGCCGACACCUUUGACCGGUUGGACCCGUCCGACGCCCUGUUUGUCGAUGCCAUCCACACAGACUCUGACUAUUUUGGCAUCUCCAUCCCUGUCGGUCACGUGGACUUCUUUCUGAACGGAGGGAAGGACCAGACUGGAUGUGCCCGCUCCAGGUUUCCCUCAAUUCUUGUCUACUUUCCAGUGUACGGCUAUGUGAUAUGUGACCACAUGAGGGCGCUGCACGUCUACAUGAGUGCGUUGGACGGCUCCUGCCCAUUGAAAGGGAUCCCAUGCUUCAACUAUGAUGACUUCCUGAAGGGACACUGUGUGGACUGUGAUGUCUUCAAGGGGACAUGUCCAACUAUAGGGUUAUCAGAAAACAGUGGGAUUGCCAUAUCUCCAAUUCCCAAAGAGCAGAAGCUAUUCCUUCUCACGACUUCUUCGCCACCUUUUUGCACUCAUCACAUCCUGCUGGAGCUGAAGGUUUCGCCCCUGGAUAAAAGCGCUGAGGUGGAAGUGACGCUGAGGACUGGGAACCUGGGAACAGAGCAGAGGCUCAGGCUUCAGACGUCCACGACAGUGUACAGGACGGUGCUGACUCAUCCCGUGGCUCUGUGUGAGAUCGAGUCCAUCGAGAUGAAGAACACCGGCGCUCUGUUCUACAGACAGGGAGAGAUCCACUUCCAGUCGGUCUGUCUGUCUGAGUUCCCCGCUCUCAGGCGAGAGGAGCCGCUGUGCGUGAACAACAUCAAUGUCAGACGAGGAGCUCUGUGGUCUCAUGACUUUGUGCAGGUGUGUGGCAUCUUCUGAAGAAAGCUGAAAAACACCCAUGGAUUCCAAUAUCCCGUCCGUUUCAUGUUUUAACCACCUUGUUUGAUUUUAGUGUUCGGGCUCAAUCUUGGUGGCUGGAGCCAAAGAACCAUAUUUUAUUUAGUCAAAAUGCAGUCGAGUUAAUUUUACAACAUCAUGUCACAACUGUGAAACAGUGUAAAAAGAUUGAUUUAUAUUUUUAUUUCUUAUCACCAGAGUUUUGUUUUUGGUUUACGUUUGUCUGUUAGGUUAUUCCUUUCUGAAAAGUGUUUAAAGAAUGAAUCCUUUUCCUGUAAUCUGGUUUUGCAACCAGGGUCUAACUUCUGAACCUUGUUCCAGGAAACCAGACUCAAUAGUAUUUUUUAGGGAUUUUAGCAAUAAACGGAGAAAUAACUUCCUCAUCAAUA